AUGAUUAUUGGUUCUUUGAAUAUUAGAGGGGGUAUGAAUGUUCUCAAGAGAAGGAGAAUUUCGUCUUUGAUCAAGAGGGGAAACGCGAAUAUUUUUUUAUUACAAGAGACAAAAAUUGUGAGUAUGGAUGACGUGACAGCUAAAAGCUUUUGGAGAGAUACGGAGGUGUGUUAUUCUUUUUCCAAUUCUUUGGGGAGAUCGGGGGGAAUCCUAACCAUUUGGAAUAAGGAUGUAGUCGACGUCGAGAAUAGCUUUAAAGGGGACGGUUUUUUGGGAAUCAAGGUGAGGUGGAAAAAUCAAGUCUACUAUGUGGUGAAUGUUUAUUCUUCUUGUGAGCAUAGAAAAAAGAAAUUAUUGUGGAAGGAUCUUCUAGGUUUGAUGGAGAAAUUCAAAGAUGGGGAUUGGAUUUUAGGAGGUGAUUUUAAUGCUAUUAAAAAUGGUGGAGAAAGAAGAGGAAGGGCGAUUUUGGAGAAUCAAAGAGAGAUGAAUUUAUUCGCGGAAUUCAUUGACAAGACUCUUUUGGUGGACAUACCUUGUAAAGGGAAGAAAUUUUCUUGGUUUAGUGGUGACGGCAAGUCGAAAAGUAGAAUUGAUCGGUUCCUUUUAUCUAGUAAGGUUGUGAAUAGAUGGGAGGUGAUUGGUCAAUUCAUUGGAGACCGGGAUGUUUCAGAUCAUUGUCCUAUUUGGGUGAAGUCGGAUAAGGUUAUUUGGGGGCCUAAACCUUUUAGAUUCAAUAAUGAGUGGUUUGCUUUUGAGUCUUUUAUUCCGUUUGUGGAGGGUGAGUGGAAGGGUUUGAAGAUAGAGGGAAGAGGUGAUUUUGUUUUAAAAGAAAAGUUUCGGCUACUAAAAGACAAACUUAAAUGGUGGAAUAAGGAGGUGUUUGGGAGGAUAUAA